CAGAAUUCAGAACGGCCAAGUGGUGGCAGAAAAGACUGAUUCAGAAGAACCUAGAAGAAUCUGGAAAGAUUUCGUAUGCCUGCCAUUGUUCGUGUCCGUGUUCAGUACCACUUAGGUUUUAACAAGCUCCAGUAGUUUUUACAAAUAUUUGCUAAUUGUUAUAUUUCACUGCCUUUCUCACCUUCGACAUGGACCGAAGAGAUCGCGAACGAAUAAAUUGCUGCUGCGAGACAGUUGUAUCCAGAAUUGAUAUGAAAAAACUCUUGCCAAGAUUGCUGCAAAACAAAGUCUACAACAGAGAUGACACAAACAUGCCUCGAUGGAUGAUGAUAAGAUAAGCAGAAUUCUAGAAAAAUGAAUUAUAUUCGUCAUAUAUCUUUCAUUUACACACUCUCUCCUUUAAGUAGAUGAUAUAGAGAAGAAAGAUAGAGAGACAGAAAGGAAAGGAAAACAAUUUUAAGAAAAACCCUAUGGCACCAGAUAUAGUCAAAGAUAUAUAUUUAACGAUAAAAACACGAGGACCAUAUGCAUUUAAAAGUUUAAUUCUUAGUCUAAGACAGUCUGACCAUGAAAAUGUAGCAGAUAUAUUAGAAGGAAAAACUAGCGCAAGUAAUACAAGUUCUGAUCAAGAAAACAAUUCACUUGAUAAACAUUUGAUCUGGUCUGAUAAGCCUUUAACAAUAAGGCUUCGUAAAGCAACACGAUUUUUAGAUCGUAAUUAUGAUUCAUGUGAUAUCAUUGCGCGCUAUCCCAUGCGAAGUAAACCUCGUGGGUUGGUUUUGAUAAUUGCAAAUAUUUAUUACUAUUCACCAGAGGAUAAACCAAGACUUUCGGCACAACAUGACACAAAUAAUUUACAAACACUAUUUGAAGAAAUGGGCUUUAAAGUAGUUGUAUAUGAAAAUUUAACUGGAAAGGAAAUAAAAGAUGUAGUAAUAAACUUUUCAAGAAGUAGUGAUUUAAAAAAUGUAGACUCGUGUUUUGUAAUAUUUACAAGUCACGGUACCGAAGACAAACAUGCCGAGGACAAGGAAAAUAAUACAGAAAUUCAAGGAACAGAUUAUUCUAGUGCAAGCGGCCAAACAAAUUAUGAAAAAGUUAUGUGCACCGAUAUUUGCGAUUAUUUUACUGCAGAAGCUUGUCCACAACUUGCGGAAAAGCCAAAGAUAUUUAUUUUCCAACUUUGCAGAGGAAAAAGAAAACAGAAAGCUAUAGCUCACUCUAGGACUGCCAUAGAUACCAUUCCAAUGGAUGUCAUUCCAAAUACGAAUAAUUAUGAACAGAGUCACAUAUCUAAUAUAUCUCGCUUAACAACAAGAAAUUAUUCAGAUAUGCUCAUAGUUCAAUCUACUUUGCCUGGACAUGUAUCGUACCGAGAUCAAAUAACUGGUAGUUGGUUCAUACAUUACCUUUGUAGUACAUUCAUGAAUUAUGCUUGCACGACUCACAUUCAAGAUUUAUUCACCAUGGUUGAUGCAGAAUUGAAAAUGGUCAGAACGGGAAACGACGAGUGUCAGACACCAUCUAUACAAUUAUUGGGAUUUAGUAAACAUUGUUAUCUCAAUCCUGGCCUUUUUGAAUCGUGACAAUGAAUAAAAAGAGACUAACACUUUUAUCACACAAGCAAUAUUUAAAUUAUGCAAUAUCUUCGUACUUGUUGAUUGCAAGUAUUUUAAUGUAUUUAUAAUUUUCGGUGCUAUUAUAGAACAUUUUUAUAUUGUAAAUAAUUACAAAUUUUAGUAUAUAAAGUUUUAUAUGAGCUUUUUAUGAUAAAAGUGAAUCGUAUCUUUUAACCGUUUUUUUUUUAUUCUUUUACAUGUAUUAUUAUAUUAUAUAUGAGAUUAAGAAAUAUAAUAUGAACAU